GUAGAAAGUAAUACAAGUACCUCAGAUACUUGCACACUACUUGAGUACUGGGUUUGCUGCUGUGGCAGAAGGCGUGUGAUGUGUAAAUAAGUUAAAUAUACAGCUGUUGUGUUCUCAGGUCAGAGACGGCCCCCUGAGUCACCGAUGACUGAUGUCAACGGUGUCAUUGUGGUGACAAUCACGGAAAUAAAUCCAGACUCGGGUAAAGAGACACGACAACGGGCCUGCGGGGUUUUGGCACUAAACGUCUUCCACAGCGGAGACACCUGGGAUCACCUGAGAGAGAGGGAGGUGGGGAGACGUUGUGAGUCAGCCACGCCCCUGGAUGCAGAGGAUCAACAUGGCUGCUCGCUGCAGCAGGUCGACCUUCACUAGGGGGACCGGACUCUUCUGGACCCUCCUGAACCGCCGAAGGAUCCCUCUACCGGAUCAGACCAGGACUGGAUCGCGACCACACAGGGGUGUGUCCUCCCUGGCUCCACCGCCGGGCACCUGGAGCACCAAACUUUCUCGCCUGUGCCACCGGGAUCUGUACCAGCUCUCGAUCACAGACCCGGACCAGUUCUGGGGCUCCGCCGCCGCUGACAGACUCCGCUGGGUGGAACCGUUCCACCGGGUCCGGGACUGUGAGCUCAACAGCGGGAAGAUCAGCUGGUUCCUCGGAGGGAAGCUCAACGUGUCCGUGAACUGUCUGGACGUCCAUGUGGAGAAACAUCCGGAGCGAGUGGCUCUGAUCUGGGAGCGAGAUGAACCCGGCACAGAGGUGAAGGUCACCUACAGGGAGCUGCUGGAGACCACCUGCCGCCUCGCCAACACUCUGAAGAGCCAUGGGAUCCAGAAGGGGGACAGGGUGGCCAUUUACAUGCCAGUGUCGCCGCUGGCUGUGGCGGCCAUGUUGGCGUGUGCACGUAUCGGUGCGGUGCACACCGUGGUGUUCGCUGGCUUCAGCACAGAAGCUCUGGCGGGGAGGAUCCAGGACGCUCGAUGUAAAGCCGUGGUCACCUGUAAUCAAGGUGUACGAGGCGGCCGGCUCAUCAACCUCAAAUCCACGGUGGACGCCGCAGUGAGGAGCUGCCCGACCGUCCGACACGUGUUUGUCUGGCAGAGGACCGAACAGGCUGCAGUGAUGGGACCGCUGGACGUCGCCCUGGAGGAGGUGAUGGCCUGCCAGUCUGCAGUCUGCCCUGCGGAACCUCUGGACAGUGAGGAUCUCCUGUUUCUUCUCUACACGUCAGGCAGCACAGGGAAACCUAAAGGCAUCGUCCACACACAGGCUGGAUACCUGCUGUACGCCUCACUCACACACCAGUACGUCUUCGAUCACCAGGCCGGAGACGUGUUCGGCUGUGUGGCCGACAUCGGCUGGAUAACAGGACACAGUUACGUGGUGUACGGUCCUCUGUGUAACGGCGCCACCACCGUCCUGUUUGAGAGCACACCUGUGUACCCAAACCCAGGCAGGUACUGGGAGACGGUGCAGCGUCUGGCGAUCACCCAGUUUUAUGGCGCUCCCACCGCUCUGCGUCUGCUGCUGAAGUACGGCGAGAGCUGGGUGAAGAAGUACGACCGCUCAUCUCUGAGGAUGCUGGCAUCAGUGGGCGAGCCCAUUAACCACGAGGCCUGGCACUGGUUCCACAGUGUGGUCGGAGAUGGACGCUGUCCUGUAGUGGACACCUGGUGGCAGACAGAGACCGGUGGGGUCUGCAUCGCCCCUCAUCCUGCAGAGCCUGGAGCCACGAUCCUCCCGACCAUGGCCAUGAGGCCGUUCUUUGGUGUCCAGCCUGCCGUCAUGGAUGAGAAGGGUGAAGCUCUGUCUGGUAACUCUGUGAGUGGAGCCCUGUGUUUCAGCCAGCCGUGGCCUGGAAUGGCUCGGAGCAUUUAUGGAGACCACCAGAGAUUCGUCGAUGCCUAUUUCAAGCCGUAUCCUGGUUAUUUUUUCAGUGGUGACGGAGCGUACCGGUCGGAGGAUGGGUAUUACCAGAUCACCGGGCGUAUGGACGACGUCAUUAACGUCAGCGGUCAUCGUCUGGGCACUGCAGAGAUAGAAGACGCUCUGGACGAACAUCCAGCUGUUCCAGAAACAGCUGUGGUUGGAAUCCCACAUGACAUAAAAGGAGAAGUGCCAUUUGCCUUCGUGGUUCUGAAGGAGGAUCUUGGCGCAGAAGCCCACGUUGUCCUACAGGAGCUCCAAGACCUCGUCACCACUAAGAUCGCCAAGUACGCCGUCCCGGAGCACUUCCUGGUGGUGACACGACUGCCAAAGACUCGCUCCGGGAAGAUCAUGAGGCGGAUCCUGAGGAAGGUCGCCAUGGAGACAAGCGGCGAUAUCGGCGACGUGUCAACUCUGGAUGACCCGUCUGUUGUCAUGGAGAUCGUCAAGGCCCAUGAGUUUUACAGGAACCAGCAAAAACAGCAGGAGAAGAAGAAGUAGGAGGGAGGAUGAGGAGGAGGGCACCGGUACAGGUGAUGUCAUGGUUCCUCAGGUAAAGAUGAUGUCAUCAUGAUGUCGUCUGCCUCGUCUACAGGUGACAUCCCUCCUCAGGUGACCUGGUGGUGCUGAGAAGCAGCUGGUUGCCCUGUCUCCAGGUGUUUUAGCUCUGCCCACAGUGAAACACCUGAACACCAUGGAAACAGUUACAGCCCUUCUUCUUCUCCUCCUCCUCCUCCUUCCCCUUCUCCUUCCCCCUUUCAUCCCACAAACAACGAUGCUGCAGCUCAGGUGAGGAGAGUUUCAGUCUCCUGCUCUCCAACUUUUCAUGCAUGUGUCCUGUCAGGCUGCUCUUUGGAAGUCGAAAUAACCUGGAUUCAUUUUCAUCCCCGUUAACGGAAGCUAUCACCAUAGAGAGCCAAGCAGGUUUCUGUUUGUGUGGUGGAAAUGUUUUCAAGAUCCAUGCCACAGAUUACAUCUAUUUUAACCUCCUGCCUCCGUGUUCAGUCGGCCUGUGAGCCCACAGAGCUCAACGGAAAACACACUUUCACAUGUUGCUGUCGUGCUUCACCUGGUUUUCAUCUGGUCUUGACUCUGCACAUGUCGUGGUGUCAGAACAAAUCCAGCUGACACAAUUUUCUGAUAUUUGUCCCAGAGCAUGCGUGUACGUCAAAAACACAGCAUUUAACCAGGCCACACUAUAAACACAGUAUUUUAGGCCAGACUGCUGCAGAGCAAUCGGUUUGUUUUGAGAAGAUUACAUCACCCUUAACGCCUCUGAAACUGAAUCAAAUGUCUAAUAGUUAAUUGACUGUUCAACAGUUUUUAUUUCAACUUUUUCCUUCUCCAAGUGCCUUUUUAUUGAACGCUACACCAAAGUGCCUUCAGAAAGAAAAUGUUUUAGUUCUAAGAUCUGAUUUAUCUUUUUCUUAAAAUGUUCCUCUGAAUUUUACAAAAUGAACUGAACUGAAAAAACCUGGGGGAGGACACCAGUUUGAUUUUAAUGUAGAAAUCUGUGGGAAUCGUGACAGAACUUUCCCAUCACAAAUAUUGGAAACACGCAGCUGCAGAGCCUCAGUUUCUGACUUUAUCAGGUUCAUUUUCAGAUAUUCAUUGUUGUUCAUAUGGCUCCAACCCUCCUCAGAUAUUUUUCAUUUACCACAGGAAUAAAUACAUGAACAAAAAUGUUUAAUCUGUCAUGUGUUGACAAGUUUUUUAAAAAGUAUUUGUUGUCCAUGUACGAAAGUGUGAACUGGAUCAGACACUGUGAUACAGACGUAACUGUAUAAAAAUAAAAAUGUCAUGAACUCGA